ACACACUCAUGAUUUUUUUUUAUCUCACCAAAUAGUGUAGUAAAUUCUCAUGAGAUUUUUGGUUUUCCUCACCAUUGGGAGUGCUCUUAUCUCUCUAAUUGAAGUCACUUUAUCAGUAGAUUAGUGGGUAAAUUCCAGAAACUAUAAUCCUUUUCUUAUCCACCCAUUUAGUUUUUUCGUACUAAUUUUUUCACUAAUUCUGGAGCGGAACUCAUCAGUUCUUCAUCAUUUGUUGGUGAAUAUGCCAGAAAUUCAACUUGGUGCUCACACCUUGAGGUCACAUGGCGUGCAAGUGGCUAGAAUACAUAUGCAUGAUUGGCUUAUUCUUUUCCUUCUAGUGGGAAUUGAUAUUGUACUGAAUGUUAUCGAGCCGUUUCAUCGAUAUGUGGGGAAAGACAUGAUGGAAGAUCUCAUGUAUCCUCUGAAAGAAAAUACCGUUCCUUUUUGGGCCGUCCCGAUUAUUGCGAUCUUGUUGCCUUUCUGUGUCAUUCUUAUCUACUAUUUUUUUCGUAAGGAUGUCUAUGAUUUCCAUCAAGCAACUCUUGGUCUCCUGUUUUCUGUGCUUAUAACUUCUGUCAUAACUGAUGCAAUUAAAGAUGGAGUUGGUAGACCUCGUCCUGAUUUCUAUUGGCGUUGUUUUCCUGAUAAUAUACCUAAGUUUCAUAAUAUCACUGGAGAUGUUGCGUGCACUGGUUUUAAGAGUGUCAUCAAAGAAGGACAUAAAAGCUUUCCAAGUGGGCAUACUUCAUGGUCUUUUGCAGGCCUUAGUUUUCUAGCGUGGUACUUGUCAGGGAAAAUUAGGUGUUUUGAUCGAAGGGGCCAUGUUGCAAAACUUUGCAUUGUCUUUUUACCAAUACUUUUUGCUGCGAUGGUGGGAGUUUCUCGUGUUGAUGAUUACUGGCAUCACUGGCAAGAUGUCUUUACAGGUGGUUUGAUAGGUUUAGUGAUGGCUUCAUUCUGUUACUUACAGUUCUUUCCGGCACCAUAUGAUGUAGAUGGUUGGGGGCCACAUUCAUACUUCCACAUGCUAGAGGAGUCAAGAAAUGGUGUUCAACUUCCAAGUACCAAUAACGAUGCACUUGGUGUUCAUCCUACAGAGCUGGAAAGCGUACAUGUUGAGUCCCAACAUGGUUCAGAUAGGUCUUAUUAUCGUCGAGAUUCAAGGCUAAAUCGAGAUGAAAGGGAAAGUGGAAUAAGUCAAUGACCCACUUUUCUGUCAAGUGUAUAAAUCAAUGAAGCACUUUUCAUGGCUGUAUUUAGGUUCAUUUAGGCUAACAUAGAUUCUCCACUUCUGCCUCAGACACGAAGAAAGAAAGUCUUAAUAGGAGGAUAGCUUCAUAUUGUUUCGUAGUGUAUAUGAUUUCAUAUUGUUUGGUCGACUGAUUUAUUGGCCAAUAUCUGCAUGAAUCAGGAAUCUCGGUGUAGUAUUUAGCAUUUAGCAUUUAGCA